CUAAAACGUCGCGACUCUGCUCUCUGCAAAAAAAUGGUUCUACUUUUGGCUUAAAGAGACAUGUUUUUGAGUCUUUGCCAUGGCGGGUUUCAUUAGGCGCAAAGGAAACUUAUUCUCUCGGUCGCAAACCUUAACUGCGGUCUACUCCAAGUUGCAGAGAAGUAAUCGCACGCUUGCUGAGGGAGUCAUGGAGAAGUGUUCUACCAUCCGUCAAGUUAUUGAUGACGAUAUAAAUUCAGUUGAUACAUCGAAGUGGAAGAAGGUACGAGCAAGUGAUGCUGGAAUUAGAAAUUCAAUGAUCCCAGAAUCCUCUAUGAAUGUCUUGAGACUCCUUUAGACGUCAAGGUUUCGAUGCAUAUCUUGUGGGUGGAUGUGUAAGGGAUUUGAUACUACAUAGAGUACCAAAAGACUAUGAUGUGAUCACUACAGCUAAUCUUAAGCAGAUCCGACGGCUGUUUCAUCGUGCUCAGGUUAUUGGGAAACGGUUCCCUAUUUGUCAUGUGUGGAUGAGAGGUUCAAUAAUUGAGGUGUCCAGUUUUGAUACCGUGGCACACAGUGACAGUGAUCAUGAAAAUGAUUUGGAGAAGUCUUUUCCAGUAGCUAUCGAGGCAGACAAGAAUAAAAGCCUCUUUAAAUUGUAUUCUGGUUGCGAUGUAAAAGACUUUAAUCGUUGGAGGAAUAGCUUUCAGCGCGAUUUCACAAUUAACAGUUUAUUCUAUGAUCCCUUUGAACUUAAAAUUUAUGACUACACCAACGGAAUGGAAGACUUGACGGAUCUUAAGCUUCGUACACUUAUCCCUGCAAUUUUGUCAUUCAAGGAAGAUUGUGCUAGAAUUCUUAGGGGGUUAAGAAUUGCAGCACGAUUGGGUCUAUCAUUAUCAAAUGAUGUUGAGACUGCAAUACCUGAAUUUGUAUCUUCCGUUGCAAAUUUGGACCAGGUACUUUGA